AUGGCGAUUGGGCUGCCGGGUUUGGCGCUCGGUCCGGGAGCGUCCGACACCCACUGGGACGCAGAAGGCGGUGGAGCCCCGGCGGCGGCGGUGGCGGCGGCGGCGGCGGCGCGCGGGAGCGGCGCGCGGGAGCGGCGCGGGCUGGGGCGCGGGGCGCAGGUAACGCGCCGCUGUCGGGCCGGCCGGCCGGCCGGCGGGGCUCCGGAGCCCGGCGAGGGGCGGCGGCGGCGGUGGUGGGACCCAUCCCUGCCGCCGCUCGCCUGUCUGGGUAUCGCCCCGAGCGGGCUCUCCCGGGGCGCCGCUUUGGCUGGCGGGGUGAGAGGAGACCCCUCUGAAGGGGCCGUGGGUCCGGGCCGGCCCGCGGGACCGCCACGGGCGGGCAGUGCCGGACCCGGCGACCCGAGGCGGGAGCCAGGGCGGGCGCCGCGGGGGUCAAGCAAAGGGGUCCUCUCGCGUGCCCGCCCCUCCGGAGGCGCCGGGGCUGGGCUGGGGGCGCUCCGGUGCCCGGGGCGGGCCGGCCGCCCGAGCCCCGGUCUCCUUUGUGUGGAGCGCCGCGGCGGGAGCGCCCGGGUGGGACGGGACGCACACAAGUUGGUGGGACCUCGGCGCCGAGUGCGCACUCAGACAAAGGACGGACUGUGUCUCGGGGGAGCUCGGUGCGAGGAAGGGGCAGUGACACCGGGGCCUGACAGCGGGCGGGAGAGUGGCGUGAGGAGCGGCGGCCGCGGUGCAGCGGGCGGGCUCGGCUCCACGCCCCCUCCCCGUGAGGGCGCAGGCUCGGCCGGGGCCGCGGGGGCCGGGACGGCGCGCGGAGACCGGACUCCGAGCGGCCGCGCGUCUGACAUUUCCCCGGAAAGCAGCCCCGGAGCUCCUCGUCUCCAGCCGCUCAGACCAGGCGGUCCCGGCCGCCUUCGCCUUCUCGGGGAUGAAUGA